AUGGGCAAUAGCAGGACGCGCCGCCGGGGAGGCCGAAACUUGAUGGAAAAAGCGAGCUCACGACGGGAGAGGGCCAUCAUCUGGUUCAUGCGCGAAGACGGGACUGGAUCGAUGUCUGUGGCUUGGCGUAGAGAAGCUUCCCGGUAUGUCUGGGCGCGCGCUUGGGACGCUGGUGUCGUGUUCGGCAUUACGGGCGGCAUAGCGUCAAUGAGGUCGUGUUCCAGAGUUUCCGAAUGCCAGACGAUCACGCCAGAUCUUAUAUUGUGGAGCACGGGCCGAGGGUCAUUCUCCCGACCAGAAAACACGAUACGCUCCACCGCCGUUUUGAGUGAUCGUGACCCUGCUGGAGAAGAGAGGGGUAAGACGCGACGUGUUGGGCUGCAAGUACUGGAAGACCGUCUCGAACGCCUUAUUCGGGAAUGGGUUGCCAGAACUCGAUGGUAUCCGAUUAGGGAGAACAGAGAGCGGAAACGGGCAGUAGCAGGACCUACAAUGGUAGAGUGCGCCGCUGAGCUACAGGGAGGUUGA